AUGUCCACAGAUAAACAAGAUAAUUUGUUAGCAGAUUUUACUCCUAGCGCUGCUACCUUGGAACAAACCAAAGAAAAAGUACAUGCCAAAACGAAUUAUAAUGCUCUUCCUGUACGAGCCUAUCUCGAUCAAACUGUGGUUCCAAUUUUACUGCAAGGAUUAGCCAGUGUGGUAAGAGAACGACCAGAAGAUCCAAUACAGUACCUUGCCUCCUAUCUGUUAAGGCACAACCCUAAUAAAAAGGACGAAGGAGACGAUGAAGAGCGAGAUAAUAAUGAAAAAACGGACUAA